UUAUAGUAACCAUUAAUUAAUUAUGCUCAUGUCUAGACAAAGUUCCAUCAUCAUCAUUUUGUUUUGAAAAAAAGAAGUUUCUAGAAUGUCUGGAAAAAAUGCGAGUUCAAUCCACCAGACAGGGAGAAAAAUUCUAACAAUUGGGGUUUUCACAAAAUUUCUCGCCAUGACGACCUCUCUCAGCUGCAUUGUUGGAGAGACGGAGACGAGAGCAAAUCAAAUCACAACUAAAAAUUCGAAGUCCAGUCAACACCUCUCCUCUCUCCGCUCUCAAAAUUUUUGACUAAAAGUUUCCGACUCAUCAAAAUUAUCGUAAUUCUAGUAUUUUAUCUCGUACUCUUCAAUCUUCCAGAUAACUCUUCUCAAAAUGUUCACCUACUGUCCCCCACAUGAUUCAGUAGUAUUUGGUCGACAACAUUCGUUCCAAGGAUAUCUCCCAUAUCCAUACGUCCCUAACUUUGGCGACGAUCCGGCCAAAAUUCCUGGAGUGUAUGCCACAGCCACCAAGAACGCUGCUGCGGCCAGUUUUGCUAAAGCGGCAAGAAUUCGCCUCCCAAAAUUGUUGCGUCUUGGAGCUCGGGAUUUUCCCAAGAUUUAUGCUAAUCUAAGUCUCAACUGUGUGGAUUUUCUUUUUGGAGCAUUUGCCGGACUGUAUAUCGGCUUUCAAAAUGGAUAUAUCCAGAAGGGUCGAAUUUUGAAAAUUAACCGGCACAUUUUUUUUCACAACGACAGUAUUGAAGUUGGAGGAAAACCGGCCGAUUGGGUUCGCUGGCUGCUAGGCGAGUGGUACGAUGCGAUUGAUAUUGGUUACACAGCUUUUGCUUAUGCAAUCGCCGGCGGCUGCACCCAAGCCCUCAUGUGCACCCUGUACAGAUCGUUCUUCAGUGCCGAUGGGAGCCUUAUCCCGAUGAUGGGCACCUACUUUAUCUUCAGCGCUGGAGAUAACAACUUUUAUGGGAAUUUUCAAACGUUCGCGAAUUUACUUUACAUCACCUGCUCAUAUGAGGCGUUCAUGAUGGUAGUAUACAAAGGAAAUUCGACCUAUUGGAUCCGGCAUUUCUUGGAGCGAUAUGUUUUGCGUCCCUUCAAAUACGGAAUGUGGCCAAUAAACUGGGCUCUGUGGCGUCCCUUUCCCCCCCCCUCAAAUUUAAGUUGAUUACAUUUUAUAAAUCUGUUUUUAUUGUCUUAAGAGAUAUAGCACGUUGUCUGUCCACGCCAAAAUUGAAACUGUAAUAUGUAGCGAUAAAUUCUCUGUACAAGUAUUUCUUAUAAAUAGUUAUGCAUAAUGUAAUAUUACAAUGAUAAUGAUAGUAUCGUACAAUUUCUAGUCAGUGUAACUUGUCGCAAAUGUGAAAAA